AUGACUGUUGAUAAAAAAACCGUGGUUGUGAUUGGUGCAGGGUCCUACGGUUCUCGUGUCGCACAGCACCUGGUCAAAUCCUACAAGUACAAGGUUUACCUUAUAUCGAAUUUGGAGUAUUUCUACUUCUUGGCAUCAACUCCGAGAGCUUUGAAUUACGACACGCCAUCUGAUUGGGUUGACAAAAUGACAGUUCCUUUGAAGUCCGUUUUGCCGGAGACUAUUGACUUGAUCAUUGAUGAUGUCGUUGAUAUUGAUGACACCAAGGUCAGCCUUAAAGGUCACGAGGAUAUUCCAUAUGAUGCACUGGUGAUUGCUACCGGAGCAAAAUGGCCUUCCCCAGUUUUUCCUGAAUUCAAUGGAGAUCGCACGAUCAAGGGAUUGCAAGACUACUACGAGGACAGGACGCAGGAAAUUGAUGAUGCCAAACACAUCGCAUUUGUGGGUGCUGGCUUUGUGGGUUUGGAGGUUGUUGGAGAGCUGGCCCACAAGUACAAGGACGACAUCAAGAAAGGUGAGAGGUCAAUCACCAUCUACCAUGCCAACAAAGACCUGUUGGACUCUUCGUUUGGAGAAAAAAUCAGGCGCAAUAUCCAGAACGAUCUUGAGAGUUCUGGAGUUAAGUUUGUCUUUGACACAAAGGUUAUAUCAAACGAAAAGGGUGAGGGCAUCAUCGAGAAGUCUGGUGACAAGAUUGUCGCUGAUAAGAUCUACUUCACCACUGGUCCCGUUGCCAAUCCACCAUCAAACAGCAUUGCUGGUUUAGUUGAUGGACGUAACCAGGUGAAAAUUGACUCUACCCUCCGUGCUAUCGGGGCUGAAAAUGGUAAGGUUUUUGCUGCUGGUGAUGUCACUGAUUGGCCAAGGAGACUUGUUCAGUACGCUAUCCCUUUUUCCGUCAUCCUUGCUCAUAACAUAGAUGCGUUCCUGCAGGGCAGGAACAAUUUUGAGAAGGCCUUUGAGCCACCAGCAUGGGCCAAGGGUGGUGUCUCUCUGGGUCCAAACUCAGCCUAUGGUCAAUUACCAGUUCCAAUUUUGGGCUAUAUUACUCUCCCAAAGUCAGUUUUGGUUAAGGUUAAGGCCAAAAAUCUAUUUACUGAUAAGUUUCUUGAUUUUGCCAAAGUUUAG